AUGGACAACAACAACAACAAAUAUCCGUCAAGUUCCAUCGAGGACCCACCAACAGGGAAGAAAAAACCAACCACCAUCUUACUUAUCCCAUGUCUCCUCCUCACCACCUCUAUGCUUCUCAUUUAUCUCUCCCAAAACAAAAUCAUCCUCAUCAGCACCACUACUAGCUCCGGAUCCGAUCAUACAUCCGGCCUCAGAGACGAUUCAUGCCUCGGCCGAUACAUUUAUAUCCAUAAUCUACCUUCUCGAUUCAACAAAGACAUCCUCCAAGACUGCGAGUCGAUUUCAAGACCAAAAGAUAAAACCAGCAUGUGUAAGUACAUUGAAAACUACGGAUUGGGACCUCAGAUCGGUGAUGGUGUUUCCACCGAUUCUAGGUACUCCCCGAGCUGGUAUGCGACUAAUCAGUUCAUGCUUGAAGUUAUUUUUCACGAGAAGAUGAAGAGAUACGAGUGUUUGACGAGAAACUCGUCGCUGGCUUCGGGCAUUUACGUACCUUACUACGCUGGUCUAGAUUUACGGCGAAAUAUGCAGUGGAGUUAUAACAUCUCUGAAAGAGACGCCUCCGGGAAGGAAAUGUUUAAAUGGCUCAAAAAGCAACCCCAGUGGAAAGGUAUGUCAGGUAAAGACCAUUUCCUUGUAACCGGUCGGAUCUCACGAGAUUUCCGGCGAUACUCCAAAAAUAAUUCCAGAUGGGGAACCAACUUAAUGCUCUUACCGGAGUCGCAAAACCUCACUUUCCUCACCAUUGAACGAAGCCCAAUAAGCCACAACGAGUUCGCUAUUCCUUAUCCAACCUACUUUCACCCAACUUCAGCCGUCGAGAUUCACCAGUGGCAAGAGAAGAUCAAGUUCACAAACCGAACAGUACUCUUUUCAUUCAUCGGAGCUCAAAGGCCGAGCAGAAACUAUAAAGGUUUGGUUCGCACUCAAGUUAUCCAACAAUGCAAGAAUUCUUCAAACACAUGUAGGUUUCUUGACUGCGACGUCAAAGCCAACACAUGUGAUGAUCCCAUCACUCUGAUGAAGCUUUUGGAGAGUUCAGUUUUCUGUUUACAACCACCGGGUGAUUCGUUAACCAGAAGAUCGGUAUUUGAUUCGAUAUUGGCUGGUUGUAUUCCGGUUUUCUUCAGCCAAGGAAGUGCAUACAAGCAAUAUAUAUGGCACAUACCAAACAACAGUAGCGAAUACUCGGUUUAUAUUCCAUUUAAAGAGCUGAAAAACGAGGGAAAAAACAAAAUCGAAGAGAUUUUGCUUGGAAUACCGAAUGAGAAAGUUGUUGGUAUGAGAGAAAAUGUAAUAAGACUGGUUCCUAAGAUUGUGUACACUAAACCAAACCGAUACAAACCGGUUGGAGAGACUCUUGAAGAUGCUUUUGAGAUUGCUGUAAAGGGAGUGGUAAAGAGAAUAGAAGAUAUAAGGAGAGAAAUUCAAGACUGA